AUGUUUGGAUUUCUAAACAAACGUAUCCAGGACUGUCUGCUGGAACGCAAAAGCCGCAGAACCAGACUCGUGACCAAAGAUGGUCGCUGCAACAUCGAAUAUGGAAACUUUAAAUACAGCAAACAUUUUGCCUUCCUGGCCGACUUCUGGACCACCUUUGUGGAGAUCCGAUGGCGUUUUGUUCUGUUCCUCUUCAUCGCCUCCUUCACCCUCAGCUGGUUCAUUUUUGGCCUGCUGUGGUACUGGAUCGCCCGCAGUAAUGGAGACCUGCCGUGGCAAAAUCCUCCAUUAGGCCACACUCCAUGUGUUGAAAAUAUUGAAGGACUCACCACAGCGUUCCUCUACUCCCUCGAAACCCAAACCACCAUUGGGUACGGUGGACGAGCACUAACGCCUCUCUGCCCAGGUGCUGUGGCCCUGAUCAUCAUCCAGUCUCUCAUUGGAGCCAUAAUCAACUGUUUUAUGUGUGGAGUCAUCCUUUCCAAAAUCUCUUCACCCAAAAAGAGAGCCAAGACCAUCACAUUCAGUGACAUGGCGGUCAUUUCCCCAAAAAAUGGUACUCUCAGCCUGUCAAUAAGAGUGGCCAACCUGCGCAAGACCCUGAUGAUUGGAAGCCAGAUCUACGGCAAGCUGUUGAGGACAACAAACACACCAGAUGGGGAGACAAUCAUUAUGGACCAGGUGAACAUCGACUUCAUGGUGGAUGCUGGAAAGGACAACCUCUUCUUCAUAUGUCCUCUUACACUCUACCACACCAUCGACAAGAGCAGCCCCUUCUUUGAUAUGGCAGUAGACACACUCAACAAGCAAGAGUUUGAGCUGGUUGUCUUCUUAGAUGGUACAGCAGAGUCCACCAGCUCCUCCUGCCAAGUCCGGACCUCCUUUAUUCCUCAGGAGAUCAUGUGGGGUUACAACUUCCUGCCCAUCAUCUCCAGGAGCAAGGAGGGCAAAUACAGAGUAGACUUCUCCAACUUCUCCAAGGUGGUUCCAGUGGCCACAGCCCACUGUGCUUACUGCUUCCACAAUAUCAAAGGUCAUCAUCACCACUCCAAAGAUGGGCGUGACAACCAGGGCUUUGAGGUGAUUGAUAUCAACGAUCCCCCAAAUGUCACUAAGAUGUGA